UGCCUUAAAAGUUAAACAUUAAACAAGCAUACUAGCUCUAUACUCAACUAAUAAUUCUAUAGAUUUAAUCUAGUAAUUAUUAGUAUAAUAGUACUAAAUCUAGAUCUAUACUGAGUCGACUAAAGACUAGUGAAAGUUUUAUUUUUGGAUGUCUAAAGUUCUUUAAGAUGAGUUACCUGCUUACAACAUUAUCAUCCAAAAAAGAAGUCGACAAAGUCAUACGUGAAACUGAAGAUGUUGUUUUGGUAUUGAGAUUUGGAAGAGACACAGAUUCUAGCUGUUUACAAUUGGAUGACAUUCUCUCAAAAACUGCAGAUGACUUGGCUAACAUGGCAGCAAUAUACUUAGUGGAAGUGGAUAAAGUGCCCAUCUAUACUCAGUACUUUGAUAUAUCCCUCAUACCUUCCACAAUCUUUUUUUUCAAUGGUCAACAUAUUAAGGUUGAUUGGGGAACACCUGAUCACACCAAAUUUAUUGGUAGUUUCAAGCACAAGCAAGAUUUUAUUGAUGUUGUUGAAGUAAUAUAUAGAGGUGCAAUGAAAGGGAGAGUAAUGGUUAGGAGUCCAUUAGAUCCACAGGAUGUUCCAAAAUAUCACUUGAUUUACAAGGAUAUAUGAAGAUUUAAAUUGUACCCAUAUUUCAACAUGACCAGGACAAAAUACUGGAAAAGCAGCCACACUGUUGAAGCAUAAUUGAAGACAAAGGUCUCACUAUCAUUUAGCUCUUAUGGUGCUACAGAAAGCACUUAUAAGCAAACACAAUAUGCUUUUUUGUUUCCAGCAAGUACCAAAUAGGAAGCAUUUGCGCAUAAUGGGAAAUGUUUGAAUAUUUUAAAUAACAGAAAUCUGCAAAUCUUCUGUUUUAUUUUAAUACAGGAAUUUAACAGCCC